GUUUUCAGAUAAACAGCUUUCUCAAUGGCUGCAGCAUGCCACGAGCAUAGAAAAUCAGCAAGUAGUCAUCGGAGUUCAUUGUCGGGUAGCUUUCGAGAAAUGUGGCAACCUCAGCCCUAUGUUUUUAGCCAGAGUAGUCGUCGGAUGGACGAUGAAGAAGAGCUGAGGUGGGCUGCUAUUGAGAGGCUACCUACACUUGAAAGGCUAACAAAAGGGGUGAUGAAACAAGUUCUUGACGAUGGAAAAGUUGUUUCCAGAGAAAUCGAUGUUACUAGGAUUGAAUAUAGCACUCGAAAACAGUUGAUGAAUAGUAUGCUUAAAGUUGUUGAAGUGGAUAAUGAGAAGUUUCUUAUGAGAUUAAGGCAAAGGAUGGACAGGGUUGGAAUGGAGAUACCGAAAAUUGAAGUGCAGUUUGAUAAUCUAUCGGUGGAGGGAGAGGUGCAUAUUGGCAGCAGAGCCCUUCCUACUUUGCUUAACGCUACUUUGAAUUCAAUGGAGAGCGUUCUUGGACUGAUCGGACUUGCCGCAACUAAGAAGCAAAUUAUCAAUAUUCUUCGAGAUGUUAGCGGAAACGUGAAGCCCUCGAGGAUGACCUUGGUUUUAGGCCCACCUGGAGCUGGUAAAACUACACUUUUGCUGGCACUUGCAGGGAAGCUCGACUCUAAGCUAUGUGUAUCAGGAAAAGUUACCUACUGCGGCCAUGAACUAAACGAAUUUGUGCCUGAGAGGACAUGUGCAUAUAUUGGACAGACUGAUCUUCAUCAUGGAGAGAUGACGGUAAGAGAGACACUGGAUUUUUCUGGACGAUGUUUGGGUGUUGGAACAAGAUAUGAACUCCUUUCAGAACUCUCGAGGCGAGAAAAACAGGCAAAUAUUAAACCUGAACCUGAAAUAGAUACAUUUAUGAAGGCCACAGCAGUUGCCGGGCAAAAAACCAGUUUAGUUACAGAUUAUGUUUUGAAGAUCCUUGGUUUAGAUAUUUGUGCGGAUAUUAUGGUUGGUGAUGACAUGAGGAGGGGAAUUUCCGGCGGCCAAAAAAAACGUGCAACUACUGGAGAAAUGUUAGUUGGGCCAGCAAAAGCUUUUUAUAUGGAUGAAAUAUCCUCAGGAUUAGAUAGUUCUACCACAUAUCAGAUUGUCAAAUUCUUAAGGCAGAUGGUUCACAUAAUGGAUGUUACCAUGGUUAUUUCUCUUCUACAGCCUGCCCCAGAGACCUACAAUCUUUUUGAUGACGUCAUAUUGCUCUCAGAAGGUCGAAUUGUUUAUCAAGGUCCGCGUGAAAAUGUUCUUGAAUUCUUUGAAUUCAUGGGCUUUAGGUGCCCGGAGAGGAAAGGAGUAGCAGAUUUUCUCCAAGAAGUGACUUCUAGAAAAGAUCAAGAACAAUAUUGGUUCAGAAAGGAUCAACCUUUCAGAUAUAUAACAAGCUCUGAGUUUGCGGAGGCAUUCUAUAAAUUUCACAUAGGUGAACAACUUGCAUCAGAUCUUAGUGUGCCUUAUAUUAAGUCCAAGAACCACCAGUCUGCAUUGGCUACCAAAAAGUACGGGAUCUCCAAUAUGGAACUGUUUAAGGCUUGCUUCGCAAGGGAGUGGUUGUUGAUGAAGCGUAAUUCUUUUAUACACAUAUUCAAAAUCACACAGAUCACAGUGAUGGCUUUAAUAGCCAUGACCGUGUUUUUCAGGACAGAGAUGCCAUCAGGAACUUUGGCAGAUGGUGGAAAAUAUUUUGGUGCACUUUUUUUUAGUCUUGUGAUUGUGAUGUUUAAUGGGAUGGUAGAGCUUGCCAUGACUGUUAUGAGGCUGCCUGUCUUCUUUAAACAAAGGGAUUUCUUGUUUUAUCCAGCUUGGGCUUUUGCUUUACCUAUUUGGAUCCUCACGAUCCCAAUAUCUCUCAUGGAGUCGACGAUAUGGAUAAUUCUGACCUACUACACCAUUGGAUUUGCUCCUGGUGCCAGCAGGUUGUUCAUGCAAUUUUUGGCUUUCUUUGGUAUACAUCAGAUGGCUCUCUCCCUCUUUCGGUUCAUUGCUGUAGUUGGAAGAACAGAAAUUGUAGCAAACACUUUGGGUUCCUUCGCCUUAUUUUUGGUUUUUGUACUUGGAGGAUUCGUAGUUUCCAAAAAUGACCUUAAACCUUGGAUGAAAUGGGGAUAUUAUGCUUCUCCGAUGAUGUAUGGUCAGAACGCUAUUGUAAUGAAUGAGUUUCUUGACAAAAGAUGGAGUGCUCCAAAUAUAUAUCCCAAAAUCAACGAGCCAACUGUAGGCAAAGCACUUCUUAAGUCCAGAGGUUUCUUUACUGAAGAAUAUUGGUUUUGGAUCUGUAUUGGAGCACUAUUUGGAUUUUCCCUUCUCUUCAAUGUUUUAUUCAUUGCAGCGCUUACUUUUUUGAACCCAUUUUCGGGUGAUUCAAAAGCUGUAGUCGAGGUUGAGCAUGGAAAGAAAAUGUGCUCAACAGAGAAAUCUGGAGGUACCAACCUAGGCGUGAUUAAUACUUCACAGUGUCAAAGCUCUACAGUUAAUUUCUUGACUAAGAAUUCGAGAAGAGGAAUGAUUUUGCCGUAUAAACCACUUUCAAUUGCUUUCAGCCAUGUCAACUACUACGUGGACAUGCCUGCUGAAAUGAAGACUCAAGGGGUUAAUGACGAACGCCUCCAACUGCUGCAAGAAAUUAGUGGUUCUUUUAGACCAGGGGUACUGACAGCACUAGUAGGUGUUAGUGGCGCAGGAAAGACAACCUUAAUGGAUGUGCUAGCUGGAAGAAAAACUGGAGGAUAUGUUGAAGGAAGUAUCUACAUUUCUGGUUACCCAAAGAACCAAGAAACAUUUACGCGAGUUUGUGCUUAUUGUGAACAAAAUGAUAUUCAUUCACCAAAUGUCACUGUUUAUGAAUCACUUUCAUAUUCUGCUUGGCUCCGUCUUUCUUCGGAUGUGACAACAGAAACAAGGAAGGCAUUUAUUGAAGAAAUAAUGGACUUGGUUGAGCUUGAUCCAAUUAGACAUGCCAUUGUCGGGCUUCCAGGUGUAGGUGGUCUUUCAACAGAACAAAGGAAGAGGCUAACAAUAGCUGUAGAGUUGGUUGCUAAUCCAUCUAUAAUCUUCAUGGAUGAACCCACAUCAGGACUUGAUGCCAGAGCUGCUGCCAUUGUUAUGCGUACUGUGAGAAAUACUGUGGACACAGGGAGAACCGUAGUUUGCACAAUUCACCAACCAGGCAUCGAUAUAUUUGAAUCUUUUGACGAGUUGCUUCUGAUGAAAACAGGAGGGCAAGUCAUUUAUGCAGGGCCUCUAGGUGUCCAAUCUCAGAACCUAAUAGAAUACAUUGAGGCUGUCUCUGGGGUUCCUAAAAUUGAGAAAGGGUAUAAUCCUGCGACAUGGAUGUUGGAGGUAACAGCUGAUUCGGUUGAGGCCCAACUGGACAUUGAUUUUGCUGAGAUCUACACAAACUCCUCACUAUAUCAGACAAAUCAAAAACUUAUUGAAGUACUCAGCAAUCCACCACCUGGCUCACAGGAUCUAUCUUUCCCUACCAAGUACUCCCAACCAUUUAUUACCCAAUGCAGAGCGUGUUUCUGGAAACAGCAUUGGUCUUACUGGAGGAACCCACAAUAUAAUACUAUUCGGUUAUUCUUGACAGUAUUCAUUGGUCUUGCAUUUGGUGUUAUUUUCUGGGAUCUGGGUACCAAAAUAGAAAAACUGCAAGAUCUACUGAAUAUUAUGGGCGGCAUGUUUGCAGCAGUUUGUUUCCUUGGAGCCACAAAUGCCUCGGCAGUGCAGGCGGUUGUUGCUAUUGAACGAACAGUUUUCUAUCGUGAAAAGGCAGCUGGAAUGUAUUCUGCAUUGCCUUACGCAUUUGCUCAGGUGGCUAUUGAAACAAUUUAUGUCGCAAUUCAAACAGGCACUUACACACUUAUUUUAUACUCGAUGAUUGGAUUCGAAUGGACAGCAACCAAAUUCUUUCUGUUCUAUUACUUCAUAUUCAUGUCCUUUCUUUACUUCACCAUGUAUGGAAUGAUGGUUGUUGCCUUAACUCCAAGCCACCAAAUUGCUGCAGUUGUCAUGUCUUUCUUCUUAUCCUUUUGGAACUUAUUCUCUGGUUUCCUCAUCCCUAGACCGCAAAUUCCAGUAUGGUGGAGAUGGUACUAUUGGGCAUCCCCUGUGUCUUGGACAAACUACGGGCUCGUGGUGUCUCAAGUGGGUGAUAAAGACUCGGCUCUCGAGGUGCCUGGAGCUACUAACGUGACAGUAAAGACUUAUCUUAAAGAAAACUUGGGCUACGACUAUGGCUUCCUGCCUGUAGUUGUCGUAGCACAUAUUGGUUGGGCUCUUCUCUUUUCUUUUGUGUUUGCUUAUGGCAUUAAGUUCCUCAACUACCAAAGAAGAUGACCAUCUUUCAUGCUAGUCUGCGAUCCUAAGAGAUUGCAAUGGCUGGUGGAACAAGUUUAAUAAAAAUCAAACCAGCUAGUUUUCUUUAUAGUUAUCGGAUAUUGAGAGCAUCUCCGGUAGGCACCCCUCGGUGUCAAACAGUACUAUCAGAUAUGAGAAAUAAAUAUUUUCUUGAUUUUA